AUGCCUGGAGAGGCUAUUGACCGUCCAAAUCCGGCGCCCAAGCCGUCCCAUCUCCCCGAUCUAGUCGACCAGCUGCUUGUUAAGUUCGAAAAGACGAAUCUAGACCAUGGGGCUAGUAGUGCCUUGUCAAAGUACCGACGGGCGGCUUGCUAUGUUGCUGCCGCCAUGAUCUUCCUUCAAGAUAAUGUCUUGCUAAAACGGGAUAUCAAGGUGGAGGAUAUUAAGCCUCGACUUUUGGGGCACUGGGGAACUUGCCCUGGCCUGAUCCUCGUCUACUCUCACCUCAAUUACCUCAUCAAGCAAAAGAACCUAGACAUGCUAUAUGUCGUCGGCCCAGGCCACGGAGCACCGGCACUGCUGGCAUCACUAUGGCUGGAGGGUUCGCUGGGCAAGUUCUACCCGGAAUACUCCAAGGAUAAGGAUGGUCUGCACAACCUCAUAUCGACCUUUAGCACGAGUGCUGGAUUGCCAAGCCACAUCAAUGCUGAAACCCCUGGUGCUAUCCACGAAGGAGGAGAGCUGGGCUAUGCCCUCUCAGUCUCCUUUGGCGCGGUGAUGGACCAUCCUGACCUGAUUGUGACCUGUGUGGUAGGAGAUGGAGAAGCUGAAUCAGGGCCUACAGCCACGUCAUGGCAUGCCAUCAAAUAUCUCGACCCCGCCGAGUCAGGUGCGGUACUUCCGAUACUGCAUUUGAACGGCUUCAAGAUUAGUGAGCGAACCAUCUUUGGCUGCAUGGACAACAAGGAACUCGUUUGCCUAUUUACAGGCUACGGCUACCAGGUGCGCAUUGUUGAGGACAUUGACGAUAUUGACAAUGAUAUGCACAGCGCGUUUUCCUGGGCAAUCGGGGAAAUCCACAAGAUCCAAAAGGCGGCGCGCUCCGGGAAGCCGAUAUUCAAGCCCAGGUGGCCCAUGAUCAUCCUACGGACGCCAAAGGGUUGGUCUGGCCCCAAAGAGCUCCAUGGCCAAUUCAUUGAAGGGUCAUUCCAUUCACACCAAGUCCCUCUUCCCAAUGCGAAAAAUGACGACGAGGAACGGCAGGCUCUGCAAAAGUGGCUGUCUUCAUACAAGCCCGAAGAACUGUUUACAGACGCCGGCGACAUUAUCGAUGAGAUCAAAUUCACUAUCCCCACAGAUGAUAAGAAACUGGGCAUGCGCCCAGAGGUCUAUAAGGGCUAUAUAGCACCGGACCUUCCAGACUGGAGACAGUUCUGCGUGGAAAAGGGAGACCAGUUCAGUGCGAUGAAGGCGAUCGGGAAAUUCAUCGAUCAAGUCUUUGUCCAAAACAAGCAUUCCGUCCGGCUGUUCUCCCCCGACGAGCUGGAGAGCAAUAAAUUGAGCGACGCGUUGCAGCACACCGGCAGGAAUUUCCAGUGGGACGAAUUCUCCAACGCAAAGGGCGGGCGAGUAAUUGAGGUCUUGAGCGAACAUCUGUGCCAGGGCUUUUUGCAAGGGUAUACAUUGACGGGGCGAGUGGGCAUAUUUCCCUCGUACGAGAGUUUCUUGGGCAUUAUCCACACAAUGAUGGUCCAAUAUGCCAAGUUUGCAAAGCCAAGGAAACCACCUGGAGAGGGGAUGUCAGCAGCAUCAACUACAUCGAGACCAGUACCUGGGCCCGACAGGAGCACAAUGGCUUCAGCCAUCAGAACCCCUCGUUCAUUGGCGCAGUCCUCAACCUGA